AAGUGAAGAAAAUGUAUGGAAAGUGUCUUGAUCCACGGCCGCCUUGAAGAGUUCUGCGUCCAGGCCCAGACGGUGAGCCUGCUGACUGUCCAGGAGGCAGACAGGGACAGACAGGGACGCAGUUUGGAGGCUGCUGAACAUGGCGAGGAAAUGUCUCCAGACAGGAAGCGUGCUGGCUGGCCUGUGCUGCCGAGGACUCUUUGGAUGACAGUGACCAGCCAGCGUGUUGGUGAAGACUCUCAGGCUGUUGCUCUUCAAGCAGAGCCUCAACAUGCCUCGGCUCAACCUGAAAAUCCUAUGGAUGACAUGUUUCUGGAGGGCAAGAUGGAGGUGGGGGAGGAGGUGCGGCGGCAGUGCCAUGACCCUAUGCUGGCCCCCACGCCGGUGCUGCUGGCUCGACGCGAGGUUCCGGCGCGCCACCCCCGGGCCACCACCACGCAGCUGCAUCACAUCAGCGAGGAGAUGCUGGUUUACCGCAAGCACAACCUCCUCUCCUGCCAACUGCCCGGCUCACCCAAGUCCACGUUCCUUAUGGUAUUCAGCCCCGAUGGGUCAAAGGUCGCCUCCACCCACGGCGACCACAACAUCUACGUCAGCGAGGUCAACACAGGUCAGUGCAUCUGUACGCUGGAGGGACACCCGCGAACCCCGUGGUGUGUGGCCUUCCACCCCGCCUCCAACGAGAUAGUGGCCUCGGGCUGCCUCGGCGGGGAGGUGCGCGUGUGGGGCCUCAAGGGCGGCAGUGAGGUGUGGACGACAGAGAAGAGCACGGUGAUCGCCUCCCUCGCCUUCCACCCCACGGACAAGGUGCUGGUCAUCGCCACCUACAAUGAGAUAUACUUCUGGGAUUGGUUCCAGCCGCAGCCCUUCACCAAGAUAUGCACGGCUGAUGAGAAGGAGAAAGUCAGGUACGUCAAAUUCGACCCGCUCGGCCACAAGCUCAUCACGGGAUCGCCAACAUGCCCCACGAGAGGCCGGGUCGCCCUCCACCCACCACAUGCCCUCGCGCUCGAGCUGGUGGAGCGCGAGCAGCGAUACAGCCAGCUCUCCAGCCAGUACCUCAGCCUCGUCUCACACCUGAGGCCCUAA